AUGAGCAUUCCAAUGAAAUGCCAGGUCCAUCUCAUCAAUAGACCAAUACAUCACAAGUUCUCGGGGGCAAAUGAGGGGCAGAGCUUUCAGGCUAACGACUGCUGCCGGGCUGUCUUGUUUGCAGAGUGCAACCAGCUGGUGAGCGUGGCGCCUUACACCAAGGUGACGGCCAGCACGCACCCGUCGUGGUCGCGCAAGACCUCCUGCCAGCCGGACAACGCGGAGGUGUUCGGUCACCGCGCGUGGUGCCCCAGACACACAGACACUCACCAGUGGCUUCAGUUCGACUUGGGUCCGCCCAUUCUAGUGACAGGAAUUGUCACCAAAGGUCGACCAGACACCAAACGCUUGCAAUGGGUCACAGCCUACACCAUCACUUACAGCAACGAUUCCCUCGUCUGGUACACCUACAAGGAAAGCAAUCAUCUGCACUCAAAGCCGUUCGUGGCGCGCUUCGUGCGCGUGCACCCGGCGGCGUGGAGCCAGGGCAUCGGCCUGCGUUCCGCCGUCAUCGGCUGCCCGCACCGCGGCCCCUGCCCGCUCGGCUUCCUGCGCGUCACCGGCGCCGCGCGCUGCGGUGAGAGCACCGCACAGCUACAGGCGCGCAGGCGCACGCGCACCUCUGCCCGCCACGGCUGGAAGGACUGGACGUACGGCAACUCGGCGCUGGCCGUGGACGGCGACAAGGACGCCUCGCUGUCGCGCUGCGCCAUCCUCGACAACUACUACGUGGAGCAACCCAUCUGGAUGGUGGACCUGGGCUGGCAGGAGCCCGUGCUGGGCGUCAUCCUCACCACGUGGCAGGGGAUCGGGCAAGAUAAAAACAUCUUGUACCACGACUACCUGCUCAACCUGGACCGACUGACGGUGUACGUGUCGGACCGGCCGCGCCUGGAGGCGUACCAGCUGUCGCCGGUGCCCGAGGGCAACGUGUCUCGCUGCACGUCCGUGUCGCGCGCUCACAGCGCGCUCUUCCAGCCGCGCCUGCACUUCGACUGCGGCCAGACGCUGACGGGCCGCUAUGUGUACGUCAAGGCCGCGGGCGUGGCCAACCGAUGGAACCAGCUCUUCUCAGCCGUGCUCUGCGAGGUGGAAGUGUAUUGACGGACUCGACGGCCGAAGCUGGACUUCUAGCCGCCGAGCGCAACAUGUUCGUAGCGCGGAACUUUAAGGAAGAAGCUUGUGGGAAGUUCCUCUGUUCCAUGACAGAGGGCGAAGUGACGAACGGUUCGUCAAUUCAGGUGACAAGUGCGGCCAUGAGCAUCCUAUACUCGUAUUAAUGAACGAAGUGAUUGUUAACCGCUCUUCGGUUGUUCGGUGUUCUGUACAUUGUACCGUAUUAGGUCACGUGUGCCCACGGCACUUCGAAUAUUUUCGGAUUAUUUGUUCCCGGUUCUAGAGACAAAUGGAGGACAAGAAAAUCAGUUUUGGGGGGGAUGCUACGACGACCCAGUAAACAAAGUCACUGUCAAUCACUUUUUCCCCGUUACUCCGAGAACAUUUGAGAACUGGUCCAGCAAUUGACCAAUACUUUCUACCUAUCCGCUGUGGGUUUUUCUCGAGAAUUCGUCCACAGUAUAAAGACG